AGAUGGUCAGGAAGGAUCGAGAGGCAACCGCGGAUCAUUCAGAGGUGGACGAGGAGGUUACGACAGAAGACGUGAUGAUGAAGAAUCAAAAGCAGAAAAUCGUUUUGGAGGGUACAAUCGGGGAGCAAAUGGCGGAAACUAUCGCGGGAGAACUGGCGGGAGCGGCAGAGGUGGAUCGACCCAAACCACUACCGUGGAUCCUAAAUAUAAUGGAUUGAUCUUGGAAAAUUCAGCAGAGCCAAAGCUUAAAGGUAUGUAUUCCUGGAAUAGUUGCUGCAGUCCUCUCCGCAAUUGUAUUUGCUCGUCUUCGUCAGAGUUCACUUGAGGUAGACGAAUGGAGCAUUCUAGAAAAAAGAAUAUAUAAUUCAUUUCUAAAAAUACGGCUUUUGAAUUCUGUAUUCUUGCUAAAACAUCAGACAAUAAUGAUGGUUUACUCAACGAUUGGAAUGCUAAAAUUAAAUAAUAUUAAUGCAUUCUGCAAGUGAAAUUAAGACUUUUUUGUUAUUUUGUUUAUAUCUUUAUUCCAAGUAGUUCGUCAGAAAUGAAAUAGGAUAUUUUGAGUCUAAAAGCUUUAACAUUUAAUUUAGUGUCUAGUUUUCUUGCAACUUGCCCCAAGGGCCAGUUUAAGAAGAUUUUCAUCUCUGAAUAUUCAUCCCCCACUGCUCUGAGGGUCUAUCAAAAUAUUUGUGCAUAAAGGGUACAAAGAACGGUAAUUUUCAAACAUCAAAAUUUUAGGAACUGUGAACAUGAACGGGAACGUAGAGACUUUUCUACAAAAGUUAUUUUAAAAAUAAAGAAAUUCAGGUUCUACUUUGCGGUCUCUCAUUAUUUGAUGUGGUUCUACUUACAUCUUCAAUUAUGAUAUAUCCAUCAAUGCAUCAAUGUUCUACAAUCCAUGAAACUGAACAAAGGCUAAACAGUUCUGUUUGUCACUUCUUUUGGCGUGUCACUGUGUCCAUAUUCCCGUUAUCAUUAAUUGCUCAAGCUGGAUCCGUUUGGACAUACGUGGCAGUUACUGUUGAUCGAUUUAUUGCUGUAUGUUUUCCAAUCAAACGAAGAGUUUGGUCGACGAGAUCAAAUACGAUAACUGUGCUUUUUGUUAUCACUUUUAUCAGCGCAAUAUUCAAGCUUCCAUCAUUUUUCGAAGUUCGACUAGAUCAUAAUGGAGAAGUAGAGCCGACGGAAUUGCGAAAAAAUGAAUUUUACAUCGAAUUUUAUUUGUUUUAUCUCUACGUUACAUUUAUUCAAUUGAUUCCAUGGACACUUAUAAUAUUUCUGAAUGCAAUUAUCAUUCACAAAGUGAGAUUGGCUUAUCGAGCACAAGAAGCAAUGGUUCAUAAUAGUGGAAAAUUGAAUACAAAACGAGAGGAUGCAGAGAGAAAAGUAACAGUAAUGGCAACAGUGAUGACAAUGAUAUUCAUCAUAUGUAAUAUUCCACCUGGAAUCAAUUAUCUUGUCGAUCGAUACAGUAAUCCUACAGUUUAUAGGCAAAGAAUUCCACUUUCAAAUGUUCUUGUUUGUGUAAAUAGUGCAUCAAAUAUGAUGAUAUAUUGUGUAUUCAACAGCCGUUUCCGUCGAGCUGCUCUAAAACUUCUAGGAUGUCCAUCAUUCUUUUCAUCCAGACAUGGAAGUGUAUCAACUAGGUUGACAAGAGAAGAAACUACUGGAAUGCUUCGUUCUCGUGUUGCCACAUACGAGAAUCUACAGAGAAGUAUGGAAAUGCCAGCAGCAUGUUAAAUUCUGAUUUAUUGGAAUUAAUUAGAUUAUCUAUUGAACUACAUGUGUCAUUUUGUGAUUAAUAUUCUUGCUUGGGGUCUAUAAUGUUUUAUUCAUUUUAAUUAAACAAAACACUUUUUGAACACCGUUGAACUUUUUCAGAUUGUUAUGAAAAACACGCUGGUAUGUUUUAUGAUAUUCAGUUUUAGAUUCCUCAAACAAAUUUCCGAUUAAAAAAAGAACAAUUAAUCUGAUGCUCAUUUUUAAACAUGUGUUCUUCUGAUUUAAAAGUUUGAAAACAAAAAUAAAAUGGAAUUUCGGAAAAAGCAUAAAGUUUUUGUUGUUUCA